CGGCACGCCGCUGGCCGUGGGCGGAGCGGGAGAGGCGGGCAAGGCGGGCGGCGGCUGUUGAAGACGCUGGGCCCGUGCGGUGUCGGGGCUGCAGGAAGACGCACAGAGUUUGUUUGAGCGAGACCAGGAUGGAAGAGCCCAGUGGGGACCUUCCCAUGCGGAGAGACGCCAUCCUCUCCGAGUCGUGCUGUGAUCACCUCACCGUGACAAACCUGGUGGAAGUGCUGAGAUCUUUGGUGGCUUUAACUGACCCUCAGGAGGGGAAGCUGACUCAGUCUCAAGAGAAAUUUUUAUGCUCCUUUGUAUUUUAGGCACUAAACUUGCUGGGCAUUUGGAAAACUGUAUUUGCAGCUGUUCCUGCGCCUACAUCAAAGACCUCAGUGGAGUAACAGCUCGAAGAUGGGAGACCAGGAGGCAGGUGAACCCUUUCUGGGGAUAGUGGCUGGUGGUGCCAGAGACUACGAAGGAGCUCUGCCCUCAGACACGGUGUCGCUCAGCGAUUCUGACUCUGAUGAUCUAGGGUUAACGGGUGAAGCAGAAGUUGAUACAGUAUCUCCUGAUGAGCCAUCUGUAGAUGAUGGGGAUUACAGAUCAGGGGAGACCCCUGACUCUUCAAACAGCAGUCACAGUUCUCCAGUCCAGCCGUUCCAUCUGAGGGGCAUGAGUUCUACAUUCUCUCUCCGUAGCCAGAGCAUUUUUGAUUGCCUGGAAGAGGCAGCCAAGUUGUCUGUGCCAUCAAUGCCUGAAGAUAAUGUUGUUGAUGGGAGGUUUAAGCGUCCAUUGCCUCCAACCACAGUUUCAGGUAACAUGGUUCCAGAAAACAUGGGAAAGCAAGCCAGACCAGUGCUGGCUCCCAAAACCUCUCCUGCAGUGCCUGACUAUGUGGCACACCCAGAGCGCUGGACCAAAUACAGCCUAGAGGGAGUUUCAGAGUCUAGUGACAAGACUAACAGGGCAGUGGCCAUGGAAUUUCUAGAGGGUUUGAAGAAAAGAGGGGAGGAACAAAGCUCAGCUACCCAAGAUAGCUACACCCCGUACUUCAACCAGGACCCUUCCAGCUGCGGAGCUGGGAGGAUUGUCUUCACCAAACCAACUAAAAGAGGGGUUGAUGGACUUGAAAAGAAAAGAUCAACAGGGGAGGAUCAUAAGAAGCAGAUGAAGACAGAUGUGAAAGGAAAAUCUCUUAAGAAGACUGAUGACUUGAGGGAAGAAGAUAAGGUAGAGCUGGGCCACUUAGACAGUGACAGUGGAAAGGCAACAGAGGAGGAGGAGUGCAUGAUGGAAGGGAACCAGAAUAAAGAUAAGCUGAGUACAAGGUUUAGUGGUGCAGCUGAAGAGCCAUCAGUGGAAACAGUUGGAUUCCACUGCAGUAAGAAAAAGAAUAGGAAAAAUUUCCGACCUAAAGUAGACGACGAAGGGGAGGAGGAAGAGUCCUGAAGGAUGAAGCACAUUAGAGGCAUCCAAGGACUUGUAUUGUCUUGUUCAUAUUUUUCCCUUUCUUUCUUUUCUGUUCUGAAAACCAUGUGAUAACUUUUUGUCCAACGAUUUGUGUCAUAGCCACCAAGAACAUUUUAUAUUGUUAGAAAUUAAGCUACCUAAAAUUAACUCCAGGCUUUUUGUUCAGGAGAAGUCUGUGGGUGUAGGAUAGUUGCACCCUAGCAGGAGAGAAUAAGGUAUGCUUUGUUUGCUUUCACAGCUCCCUCAGGCUUGAUCUGGAGCUGAAGUAUCCAAAGAAAAAGAAGUGUUAGCUAAAAGGCUGCAAGUCUUCCUAGUAACUCCCAAUUUUAAGAGUUGUUCCCAAACCCUGUGGAAUCCUGGGAAAAGGUGAUGAGCUCAUUAUGUAGAGAUUUUUAAACAGUGAAAAUAAAACUUAGUCUUCUACAAGGCGUGGUUUCUCCUGGCCCUGUCCCAGGGAAGAAAACCUUUUUUAAAAACAUCCUUCUCUCAUUGCCAUUGGAAGCACAACAGUACCCAAUUAUAUUAUGAUUAUAUGAUUAUCCUUGAUCUGCACAUUUGUAUGUUCUUUCCAGGAGGAGCUGCUUCCACACUGAUUCUGUGUGUGGAUUGGGGUAUUUGCGGGAAUGAGAUAUUUGUACCAGAACUGGAUACUUUUUUGUUCUAUGUGAUGCAAUAAACUUCUGGUUGUAGUUUGAUUUCUUCAUCUCUGAACCAUGUUGAGUAAUGCAGCAGUCGAAGUUUUAACAAACACUCCGUUUAUUUGAUUUGAGAAUUGUCUGGAAAACCUUUUAGAGUGUUACUCUAAGUUUACCAUCUUGUUAACUUCUCCAUCAAGUCCUGUAGAUUCUAAAAUUCACAUUUUUAACAUUUUCAAUCAUCUUACAAUUUAUAAUCCCCACAUGGGAUGAAUCAUCUCAUACAGUGAUUCACAUUGUAAGGAAUAUCAAAUAUAGUAGUUUUAUGUGCAAUGUAGCAAAUUUAAUAAAUAAGGUUGAAAGAUUAAA